AUGCGGGAAUUGAAUCCCAUGGCACAGCAACCGUUACGGAGUCAAGUCAUUGCUUUAUAUAAACAAUUAACAUACCUCGGACGAGAAUAUCCAGCAGGUUAUCACAACUUCUUUCGACCCAAGUUGAAGGCAGCUUUUAUGAAGAAAAAGGAUCUUACAGAUGAACAAGAAAUCAAAAAAGCUAUUGCUUUAGGAGAAUAUGUGUGUAAAGAACUAGAAAUGAUGUAUUAUUUACGAAAAUAUCGGGCGAUGCGUAAACGUUAUGUAGAAUAG